AUGCCUGACGGGAAAUUCCGAGAGAAAGUGAGGUCUAGAGUCAAUUAUUUCUUUGGGGGGUCAUCUAGGCCUUCCUCUCCGGCAUCAAUUGAGGUCCGACCUGCCUCUCCAAAACCUGCCAGUGUCACUUCGCACUCGGCUAUAGUCACGGCAGGAGGUUCUCUGCUUGUUCCCGCUCUGCCAUCUGCUGCGCAGCCCAGGCCAUCUACAGCUUUGGCAGAUCAUCAGUCUGCCGCGGUUGAAUCCACCUCAGCCGUAUCGCUUCCUACAGAUCCCUCUUCAACCCGUCUACCUUCAGCUUCGAUUGAAGUCUCGAAACCAGAAACAGACCAACAAUCUCCUGACCUGGACGCGCCUCAACAGCCGCUAAACUCGAAGCUAUGGAGCCAAGCCUUCGCCAAAGCCAACGAAGAAACCCAAACAUGGCUCAAACAGCAUGGACUCCAAUCAUCUGCCACGCAACCGAGAGACCAGAUCAAAGAGCUUAUCAGCCUCGUCGAAGGGAACAAGCUUUCUGAACAAAGCGACGAGCCGUUCAAGCUUCAGAUUGGGAACCAGAAGCUCAUCGUCCGCGAAUAUGUUGCCGAUGCUGUGGCCUUUAUCACAAUGGUGGGCGAUGCUGCCAUCGCUUUCGCACCACCGCAGGCUGGCGCACCGUGGGCUGUCGCCAAGGCAGUUAUGAAGAUCCCAGUGAAAGAAAUCGGGCAAAAGGCCGCUCUUCUCGGAACAGUCCAAUGGUUCAUGCGCAUUGUACGCAGAGGGCAGAUCUACGAAGCUCUCUAUACGACCGAGACUACGGCUGAGAAGGCCACAAUCAGCUUACACGAUGCGCUUCUCGAGCUAUAUAUCGCUGCCUUAGAGUUGUUGGCCAAGUCGGAGACUCUAUUCGAGAGCGGAGUUGCCAGACAGACCUUGACGGCAAUCCUCCGGCCAGACAGUGCUUUUGGUGGCGUGAAGAGUCUGGCUGAGAAGGAACAAAGACUUGGUCGAGAGGUCCAAAACUGCGAGGCCUUGCGCUCUUGCAAAGCUUUUAAGCAGACAAUAUAUGGCAUAGAGGCGCUCAGGAAGCAACUGGACCAGCUAUCUUCGCCGCUCCCCCGGAUUGACAGAGGAAUCGCCAGCCUCCUAUCCAUCGUCGAAAAGAGGGAGCUAGAUCAUCUAAUGAGCUUCAUUAGCAGCGAAUUGUUUGGGGAGCGCCACGCCCGUGCGGCCGAAGCAAGAUUGGGCGGGACUGGGGAGUGGCUAUUAGCCAGCGAAGAGUUCCGUGAUUGGCAAGCAUUUCCUUCGUCCUCUGCUGCUCUAUGUCUGAAAGGAACCGGUACGUAA